GCCCCUGUUCACUGGCGUUCUGCGCCUGGAUCACAGAAGUCGUCGGGCAGCCGAGGCAUGGCAGGAGUUCGGCGUAUCACCUUGUCCGAGGCCUUGGACUUAGGGCCCAGUUGGCGCCACGCAUGUCACGCGCUGCUUUACGCACCGGACCCGGGUCGUCUGUUCGGCCGUAUCCCGCUGAGAUAUGCCGUGCUGAUGCAGAUGCGAUUUGACGGGCGACUCGGCUUUCCCGGGGGCUUCGUGGAUGCCCAGGACGGUAGCCUGGAGGCGGGCCUGAACCGGGAGUUGUUGGAAGAACUGGGCGAGGGGGCGGCCGCCUUCAGCCUGGGCCCGGAAGACUACCGGAGCUCCCAUGCCACCGCCACUCCUCCACCCCGCGUAGUGGCCCACUUCUACGUCAAACAGCUGACUCUGGAUCAAGUCCAGGCCCUGGAAGCAGGUGCCCCCCGAGCAAAGGAUCAUGGGCAGGAGGUGCUGGGGCUCGUGCGGGUGCCCCUGUACACGCUUCGGGACGGGGUCGGAGGCCUCCCCGCGUUUCUUGAGAACUCCUUCAUAGGAGCUGCCAGAGACCAGCUCUUGGAAGCCCUUCAAGGCCUGGGGCUCCUGGAGACCAGGCAGCUGCCCCCUGCUCGCCACUAGGGGGCCUCUGGAUGAAGGCCUGGGGCCCCGAAGGGGUCGACCUUGAGCUAUGCAGUCCUAUGCCCGGGGAAGAAGAGUGUUGACGGUGUUGAUUACAGAUUUCCAGAAACACCAAAA